AUGGAGGCGCUGGAGCUGGAGCUGGAAGCGGUGGAGUCCCAGAUUCGCUCGCUGGAGACGAAGCGAGAGGGCAUCAGGGCUCUGCUCUUAACCCGUACUCGCUCGUCUGAGGUAAGUGUCCGAUACAACGACAAUCUCCCAGUUUCUUCAACUCCGCUUGUUUCUCUGUCCAGGCCCAGCGCACCGAGGACGCGGUGCACCCAGGCGUCGUUCACGCCGACUCCCGGCUACCACGGCCCCUGGGUGCAACCGCGUAAGGUGCUUGCCAGGUCCCGGGGCAGAACGUCUCCUCCUCCGGUGUUCGAGAUCCCCACAGAGAACCGCUUCGCCCCUCUCCGCGAGACGGGUCGCGAUGUUGCCAUCAUUGGCGACUCAAUCGUCCGCCACGUCCGCUCCACUUCCUCCAAAGAUACCUACUAUCCUGAGCGCUGCCGAGAGCCUCGGUGCCGCCGUCCUCCACGUGGGGACGAACGACACCGGGCUCCGGCAGACGGAGAUCCUGAAGAAGGACUUCAGGAGCCUGAUCGAGACGGUUCGACGCACUUCGCCCGCCACGCAGAUCAUCGUUUCUGGACCGCUUCCUACCUACCGCUGAGGAAAUGAAAG